GAUUCUUUUGAAACCACAAUUGACAUUAUGGCUCCCACUAAGCUUGAGAGUAAAUGGCCACUCGCUUUAGAUCUUUACAAUUCCAAUCUACCAUGUCGCCUGGAAGGCGAUGUAGCUGAUCUCGUUGUGCUGGGUACAAUACCACACGAGAUUGAUGGAACGUUCUACCGAGUUAUGUGUGACCCCCUCCUCCCGCCGCAUCCUGGGAAUGUGCCUCUCGAUGGCGAUGGAAAUAUUUCAGCUCUACGAUUCCACAAUGGGCGUGUCGACUUCAAAAUGCGCUACGUUGACACUGAGCGUCUCAAGAUCGAGAGGAAAGCCGGAAAGGCCAUGUUUGGCUUGUAUCGAAACCCCUUUACUCAUCACCCAUGCGUGCGAGCGGCAGUGGAUUCCACUGCGAAUACCAAUAUUGUGUUUUGGGCCGACAAGUUUCUUGCAUUGAAGGAGGGUAGUUUGCCAUAUCAGGUAUUUACCCCCCAAAUACCGUUUAAUUAGAUAACUCUUUUUCAAGCAGAAACUCUAACCCUAAUUAAUAUUCUUUAUCAGGUUGAUCCCCACACCUUAGCGACGAUCACAUAUGAUCCAUUCAGGGAUCAGGGUAUCAAGUCGAAAACAUUCACGGCCCACCCUAAGAUCGAUCCGUUUACUGAUGAGAUGGUGGUAUUUGGGUACGAAGCUAAGGGGCUUGCCACCACCGAUAUUGUGGUUUAUGCCCUCGACAAGAAUGGGCAGAAGAAGGACGAGCAGUGGGUAAAAGCCCCUUGGUGCGGCAUCAUCCAUGAUUGUGCGAUUACGCCGAACUGGUUGAUUCUGGCACAAUGGCCGUUUGAUGCCAGUAUAGAGAGAAUGAAGAAAGGAGGACACCAUUGGGCAUGGAAUUAUGAUCGUGCCGCUACUUUUAUUGUUAUUCCAAGGCGGAAGACCACCAAACUCCCAGCAGGGUGGAAAGAGGGAGAGUACAGAGUCUAUACCAGCAAAAAUGAAAUGCUCAUACACACUGCCGGCGCUUGGGAGUCCGACGACGGAAGUACGCUCUACUUGGAAACCACAAGGGUAAGUUCCAGUAAGCUGUUAAAGCAUUCAGCAUCCUUGGGGGAAAAGUGGGUCAUCAAGAUAUUUUGGCUGACUAUCUUUGCACAGGUCCACGACAAUGCAUUUCCAUUCUUUCCAACGGAUGACGGGAGGUAAGCUGAAUCCUUGGAAACCCACCUUUCUACUUCCAUGGUUCAGGAUUCAGCAAAAAAUAUUUUGUAUCUUGACCAAAUAAGUUGACUAACUCUGUCCGGGAAACAGGACACCUGCUCUAGACGCAAAAGCCGACUUGGUGCGCUUUACGUUUGACCUCAACCAACCCACAGACACCACAGUCACGAAGUCCGAAACCGUUUUGGACUGUCCAGCUGAAUUCCCUCGUAUCGAUGAGCGGUUUCUUUCUAAGAAGUAUGAUAUAGCUUGGUUGAACGUUUUAACACCCCCCGAGCAUCGUGAUGUCAAAUCUGAUUUAGAGGAGGAUGGAACAAUUCUGCAAAGGCUUGACGGGGUGGCGCAAUAUCAUAAAUCGACGGGAAAGAUUGAAUAUUACUUUUCUGGGCCAGACGCAAGUGUGCAGGAGCCUGUCUUCAUCCCACGAUCUGACAACGCCCCGGAAGGUGAUGGGUGGGUGAUGUUUAUGGUUGAGAGGCGAACGACCAACUUGUGCGAGGUGGUGAUUGUUGACACUCGGGAGUUUCACAAGCCAAUUGCUGUCAUUCAACUGCCUUUUCAUAUGAAAGCUCAGGUCCACGGUAAUUGGGUGGACCAGCGGCUCUUCAAAGAGAGAAAGAGUCUAGUUCGAGAGGAUGAGGAGUUUAAACAUAGUGGGAGGGGUGCUCUGGAGACUUGGGACAUUUAA